CCGCUCUCCUCUCCUGCCUGAUACUACUACUCCAGUCGCAAGCGCCCGCGGAGGCGGGCGCAGCGCCGCCUCCUCCUGCCCACUGUGCGAAGGUGACGGAGGCGAUGUUGACCUGCAUGACCCACCUGGCGGCGGCGGCGUCCGGGGACGCCUCUUCCCCACAGCCCCUCCUCGUUGACGAUUGCUGCGCGGCAUUCUCCGCUGAGAUCGGAGGCGAAAACGCCUCUUGUCUCUGCCAACUGAUGCUCGAGAGCGCGGUUGCCGGAUCUCCCAUCAGCGCCUCCCGCCUCCUCUUUCUCGCCUCCUCCUGCUGGAAAUCGGCCAACGCCCCCGAUGCCUCUCCCUUCGACCAGAUCUGCCGAGAUUAUGCCAUCAGCAGUCCAAGUAAUUUCCGUCCUUGACGUCAGGCGUAGUUACUUGGAACGACCCCGAGUGGAGACACGACUAACGUUUGGUAAGGUCUCUUCCUUUCUUGUUGCAGGCACUGAUGUUGUUGCCACCACUGUCACAGCCACCACGUUGCCUCCACCGCCCGUUCCUCGAAACGGGAGUGGUGGCCUUCGCCAUCCAGUUGCAACAGGCACUCCACCCGCCAAUGCGGUCCGGCCGCCGCUUCCGCCUCCAAGGCGACCAGUUGCAGGACCUCCUCUUCCUGCCACCGUGGUCCCCUCGCCGCCACUGCCGCCAGCACUGGUGUUGUCCACCCCGCCAAUCCCCAGAGCGCCACCCACGCCACCAUUAGAGCAAAGCAAUAGCAAUGGCACAAAGGUGCUGAUCAUCGCUCAAUCCUUCUUAUUCCUGCUCUUACUCCACCUUCUUAUCAUCUAAUCUGAUUGGUAGCUAUAGCGGGGCCAACCCACGGUUAUGAGACAAUUAGUAGUGACGUAGUCACAAAGGAUACUGUUCCCUGUAGGUCGAGCAGUCUUGCUUGCUUGAUCCCGUCGGCUGUUGUCGCACAAUAUUAGACUGCAUGAGGUUGCAA